AUGACGACAAUCAUUAGCCUUCGACAGCCGCUGGAACUUCUUAGCAUGAGCGACCAGCCAGUGCGCCGAUCAAAGCGCCAGCCGGCCGCCGACUAUGAACAAGACGACGAUUUUCAGUUUGUGCGAAAAUCAAAAAAGGCAAAGACCGAGGAGUCGCAAGCGGUGGCUCUUCCCGUGAGGAAAUCGAGAGGGAGACCAUCUGCGGCGGCGAGGGAACGGGCGGUGAGGGAGUCGAUUGGCGGCGAUGAGGACGUGGAGCUGAUUGCGGCGGAGCCCGCCCGGAAGCCGACGACGAAAAAGACUUCUUCAUCCAGGCGAAAAGCGUCGAGUGACGCGGUCCAGGACGAGCCGCCCGCCAAGGCUUCAAAGAGGGGCACGAGGAAGAGCUCGCGAGUAUCAAACGAAGAUGCAGCACCGGAGGAGGAGCAGCAGCCUCCGCCGCGGACCAAUGGCUCUUCGACCCGUAAUAAGAAGGCGCCAAAGCCCAAGGCGCCGCCACCGGUGACACAGGAGGAGGAGGAGGACAUGUCAAUAGUAGAGCACGAGACGGCGGAACGACCAACCAAGAUCGCGCUCCCCAUGAGCGACACACCCAUCAUCAACCGCAAUAAAGAAAUGCGAAAGAAAGGAGGAAACGGCAGCCGGAGAAGCAGUCUGGGAUCUCGCGGGCGCAGAGCGAGCUCAUUAAUCGAGAGCGGGCAGACGGCUAUUCCGCAUCGCGAAGUCAGCACGUCUGCAUUUUACAAGCACAUCGAGGCAGAUCUACUGGAACCGCGGCGGAUGAAGCAACUGCUCAUAUGGUGCGGUGAACGAGCGCUGUCGGAAAAGCCGCGCGGGACCAUGAACUCGGGAGCAGUGCUAGGAGCCCGUGCAAUUCAAGACCAGCUGUUGAAAGACUUUGCGUCAAGAUCCGACUUUUCAGACUGGUUCAACAGAGAGGACAAAGCACCUAAAGCACCAGUCAUACUGAAGCCAAAUCCCCGGAACAUCGAGCUAGAUGAAAAACUGGCAACGUUGGAGGCGAGAAUCAAGAGGCAAGUCGCGUUUGGAUUGCAAGAAGAAAAGAAAGCGUGGCUAGCAAUUCGGAAACCACCGCCAGAGCAGCCCCCUCUAUUCACACCAAAAGAAAAAGAAGCGGAAACAAUCACGCUGCCCGAUUUCGACUUGUUGGACCCCGAUGAAGGCCGAAUACGGGGCUUUCUCGUCGACGAAACUAACUCAUUUGCAAGCAUACGAUCACAGACACAAGCACGGCUACGGAACAUCCAAUCGUCUCUCGAAUUUGAAGUGGAUCAGUUAGCAGACAAUGUUCAUAAACUGGAGCAAAGGGUCAAGGUCGCGGGCACGGAGGCCGACCGAGUACUGAGUCUAAGUGCUGUCAGACUACGGGAGCGAGAAGAAAUGGAGAGGAAGAUGGCAGGAACCAAAGAGAUGCCGAUCAUGGAGGUGUUGAGAAGCUUAAGCUUAAUACUGCCCGAAGGAGGGGGUUGA